AUGGAGACCGUGUUCAAGAUAUUAGUAAUAGGGGCAAGAGGAGUUGGCAAAACAUCAUUUGUUCAGCAGUAUGUCCACAGAAUUUUUACAGAGAAUUACAAAAUCACUUUAGGAGCUGAUUUUGCUGUGAAAGUUUUACAAUGGUCAGAGACUGAAACCAUUAGACUUCACCUCUGGGAUAUUGCAGGUAUGGAGCAAUCCCUUCCACUAUGCAGAGUUUACUAUCGUGGAGCAGCUGGAUGCCUUAUAAUGUGUGAUGUUACCAGGCCUGACACUCUGGUUAGUGCAUACCAUUGGAAAACAGAUGUUGAUGAAAACGUUCAACAGCUGGAUGGCUCCCCAAUACCAUGCAUGUUCCUCGCAAACAAGUGUGAUCGUUCUGACAGACAACUUUCAACAGAAGAGAUUCGGAAAUUUAGCCAAGAAAAUAAUUUCAUUCGGUGGAGUGAGACAUCAGUAAAGGAGAAUAAAAAUGUCUUGGAGACUGUAAGGUAA